AUGUGCUGCCUUCUUGUCGCUGCGGGUGCGGUGCAGCUUCCAAGGAGUUCCGAUGGAGGUAUUCUCGAUCUGGAGGUAGAAGCGCGAUGCCGUCGAGCCCGUUCAUGGACGAGGACUUCGCGAAGACGAUGACAUCAAGCGUGCCGCGAAACCACACGCCCGCCCUUCUAUGGAAGAACUACCUCCUCAAGAAAAAGCACCCUAUCAAGUGGGCCUUCGAGGUCCUCUUGCCCGUCGCAUUCAUUGUAUUGUUGGCAGGACUCAAGACACUCACGGACAACGUGCCCAUCCCCGCAGGAUGGUCGGAAGCACCCUCCACGUCUUUCUUUUCAACUGGUCCGACCGAAGGCAUUGCGUACAAUCUGUUUGCGAAGCCGACGCCGUCGUUGACAGACUUCCUCAUGUCUUCCACAUCCACGUUCCGAACCCCCAAAUACUACCUCACCGAAACGACACUAUCUGGCAUUUUGGCAAAUCUGGCCGCGUCAUCCUUUGCCGAUGGGAUUCGCAUCAAGGAAUUGUCGGUCGCCGACCGCCGCGCGUGUGAAGUCAAAGUUGUGUUUCAAGGCGCAGUCAACAUCGACCCGGCGUCGCCGAAUGCAAUCCCCCAAGAAUGCCGCGGCAAAGUCGUGCCGUACAAGCUUGCUAUCGUCCCUGACAACGAGUUCACUCGGUCGUACUUCGCAGCGACGUUGAGCACCUGGUAUCCCCGCAUCGACAUCGGGCGCGCGGGCCAGUUGAACGUGUCGCUCCCCGGGUUCAACGACUCGGUGGUAUUUUUCAACUCGCCCGAAGACUUAGAAGCGUACGUCACUGGACGCUCGUAUGGGCAGGACCUGGCGAACCCCAAGAUCUUUGCCGGCCUUGUCUUCAACAAGUUCCCCUCCGAGCUUGGUGUCGAAGGCUCGAUUGACUACACUCUACGCUUCAACUCAACGAAUGGCCGCCGGGGCGGCAUCGGCGACGUGCCGAAGACGAGCCGCAUCCUGUACGAUCCGUAUCAGCGGUCCAUCAGGAGUACUAUCUACUCCCGCUACACCCAACGUGGUUUCCUCACGCUUCAGACUGCAGUCGCCCGGUUUGCCACGUGUGUGCCCGUGUGGAACGGCACUACGACUACAGGCGAAUGCACGCGACGAAACAGCCGCGUGCCCGACGGAUCGCUGGAUGCUCGGUUCAUGGUGCAGGUGCAAAACGAUUUGUACCUGAACAAGCUUGUCGACGAUGCCAAUGCGUUUGCAAAAUCGACGCCAAGAGGCGGCAAUGCGUCGAGUGCGUUGUCGCUGGCCGCAGUAAGUCAAGCCACCCAGACGAUGCUGGCUAUGCCGUUGCGCCAGGCGCCGCAGCCGUAUUUUGGCAGUGCCGUGUUCCCUUUCCCCAUCCAGGCCUACACGUCGUCACCGUUCUACACGCUUGUGGACCGGUACUUUGCGCUCGUGUUUGUGAUCUCGUACUUGUAUGCGAUUUCGUCCGUCCUCGUGGCGCUCAUUCACGAGAAGGAAGCGAAAUCCCGCGAACUGCUCAAGAUCAUGGGUGUGUCCGAGCACGCGAUUGUGCUAUCGUGGUACAUCACGUACGGCGGGGUGUUUGUCGUGGCCGCGAUUUUGCAAGCUGUCGCGGGAAGCAUCACCCUGUUCCCCAACACGAACGUUUUCCUGUCGUUCGUGUUCUUUUUACUCUUUGGAUUAUCCGUCCUUAGCUACGGCUUUCUCGUCAGCGCGAUCUUCUCCAAGGCCCGCACCGGCGCGUACGUUGGCAUCAUUGGGUUCUUCGCAAUGUACUUGGUCUCGGCCGCAUUUACACCAGACACGGACGAAAGCGUGAAAACCUUGAGCUGCGUCCUCGCCCCAGUCGCACUCAGCUUUGGCACGUCGGCCCUGGCCAGCGCGGAAACCAACUCGCUCGGCCUGUCGUUCGCGAAUGCGAGCGACCCGUACAACAACUUUCGUUUUGCGACGGCGCUGUGGAUGCUUGCCCUCGAUUCCGUCCUGUACACGCUCCUCGGCAUGUACUUGGAGCUGGUCGUGCCCAACGACUACGGUGUUCCACUGCCGUGGCACUUUCCGCUCACGUUUUGGAUCAAGCCGCGUACCGCCGGUAACCAAGGACUUUGCGUCGACGCUGUCACCGACUCGCACGUUCCCAUUGAAGACGUUGGCAUGGACUUGCAACAGCAAGAGCAAUCUGGCGAUGCCCUGCAAAUCCAAAACCUUCGCAAAGUGUUUCCCGUUUCGGGCGGGGAAAAGGUCGCCGUGAAAGGCAUGAACUUGACCAUGUACAAGAACCAGAUCACGUGCUUGCUCGGCCACAAUGGCGCUGGCAAAACGACGCUCAUCUCGAUGCUUACGGGUAUGCUCCCAGCAUCGAGUGGCGACGCUUCAGUUCACGGCCUCUCCCUUCGCCGCGAUCUGCCAGCGAUACGCCAGUCCUUGGGCAUGUGCCCGCAGCACGAUGUUCUGUAUGCAGAACUCACAGUGUACGAACACUUGAUCUUUUACGGACGCAUCAAGGGGUACCGCGGCAAGGCGUUGGAGGACGAGGUCGAGAACAAGAUCAACGAAGUCGGUUUGACCGAGAAGCGCCACGUCCGGUCGACGGAACUUUCUGGCGGGAUGAAGCGCAAGUUGAGUUUGGCAAUUGCGUUGCUCGGAGACAGCAAGAUCGUGUUUCUGGACGAGCCGACGUCCGGGAUGGACCCGUACAGUCGUCGUAGCAGUUGGGAGAUCAUCAUGAACAACCGAUACAACCGCAUUGUGGUGCUGACGACGCACUUCAUGGACGAAGCGGACAUUUUGGGCGACCGCAUUGCGAUCAUGGCGGAGGGGGAGCUCCGGUGCUGCGGGUCUUCCCUCUUCUUGAAGAACCGACUGAACGAUGCAACACCCCCGCAUUGA